UACUGAGAGCAAGGGUGUGCCUCAAGCAGAACAGGGUCUGGGGUUGGGGCGGGGUCUGUUGAUUCAGCAGCAGCCCACCUAAGCCCCCAGUCCCCAGCAAUAAGGAAUGGCUCAGCAGGAGCUCUAUGGGAACUGGCUGUGCCCUCCACCGUCGCCAGGGAAGAGACUGGUGAGACAAACAGGGAUCUACUUAUUAGCGGGGGGACCAGCACAUGGAAGUCACUUCAGAUCUGACUCACCUGAUAGUUUUUCCAACGAGGAGGAUUAUGACGAUGUGUCCCUGACCGAGGUGGGAGAUCAGAUGCAAAAGAGGCUACCAGCUUAUAAAGACAAUACAGAUGUAGCAAGCCACAGAAGCAAGGAAGGCACAGGGGUUUACGUGCUAGCCGGGAAGCCAGCAUCUUCAAGUCUCCCAAGGACAGCUAACCCCGUUCCUGACUCCAAUCAAGGAAUAGGCUACAGACCAAAGUCCAUUGUGACACUGUAUGUCCUGAUGGGGAUUUGUUUUGCAAUGUGGGCAGUUCUCCUCUCACUGGCAGUGGUGAAAUGUUCAAGCAACAGGGGCUCAAGCUCUACCCAUGCUAGCAACACUACUUUACCACUGAAUGUUAAAUGGGCUGGUGCUAUUCUUGAACAUGGAGGAUGGAGGUGGGGGAGUGCCUCCAGGAACUCCAGACAAAUCCCUGCUCCAGUGAUUCACCUAUCAGGUCCUCUCCAAGAGAAAAACUUGGAGAUGUCAGAGGAGUUAAAAGUUUUAAACUAUAACCACUCGGAGAGGCUAAUGAACGUGGUGCAGGACCUGGCUGAUGCACGAAUAGAGCGAAAGAGAAUCCUGAGCGACAUGAACAAGAGCUAUAAGGAAUUGUCGGAUUUGACAGCAUCCAUCUGCAAUGCUCUCCCAGAGCCUAUAAAAUGUGCAGCCGGCUGGGAGAAGUUUGAGAAAGGAUGCUAUUACUUUUCAAAUACGACUAAAGACUGGAUGGGUGCAAAGCAGUUCUGUGCUGAUCGAAACUCUUACCUGGUUAUCGUUAACAAUGACAACGAACAGGCUUUUUUGAAAGACAGUAAUAAACAGGGAAGGACAUGCUGGCUGGGACUCAGCGAUGCAGUGGAGGAAGGGAAGUGGCAGUGGGUAGACAAUAGCCCAUAUUCUGUCAGCUUUUGGAAUCCGGGAGAACCAGGCAAUCAGGGUGAGGAGGAAGACUGUGUCAGCAUGAAGUCUACUGGGACGUGGGGCGAUUCCAAGUGCUCCCAGCUCAAUUACUGGAUCUGUGAAAGUACAUGGAUCUGCUGACCCACUUUUCAAACAUGCUCUUGUUAUGGGAUUGAGCACAAGUCCUACUGCUCCUCCUGCACCUGCUCAGUGGCUGACAAGAACUCACUCCAGCUCCCCAAUAGCUGAACUGAAGAUGACGUUUCUCCUGAUGGUUAAUAGUGCUCUCCUGCAUGCUAGGUAGGGCUGUAGGUUCAGGGGUCCAAGUGGUCCCAAAAAAGUGGCAGUAUUAUACCUCAGGGCUUGGCUACACUUGCAGAUGUGCAGCGCUGGGAGUUACAGCUGUGUUCGUACAGCUGUGUAGGGAAA